AUGGGGACGAAGCCCGAUUUUGCACAUGGUGGCGGUGGAAUUCAGCCCUACAAUAGUUAUGUUGACAACGUUAAUGAGAGUUACUACACAUAUUCUCUUAAUAAUCGUUUCACUAAAUCUCGAUAUGUGAUGGAUGUUUCCAGGCAAAUUAAGGUGACAUUGUGGUAUAAAGAGAAGUUAAAUUUGUUAUGGUUUCAACCUAUGCAGCAAUGUGAUGUGUAUGCUUAUUGUGGGGCAUUUGGUACCUGCAAUCAUAAUUCAUCGAACUUAUGUUACUGUUUGCCUGGAUUUAAGCAAAGGUUAGAAAAUGAUUGGAGUUUGAAGGAUUAUUCAGGUGGCUGUGUGAGAGAGAUCAUUUUGAACUGUACGAAUGAUAGAAAAGACAAGUUUCUAGCAAAUAACCUUGUUAGGUUACCUUCAAAUUCACAAAGAGUGAUGGCAGGGAGUGCUGGAGAGUGUGAAUCUAUCUGCUUGAGUAAUUGCUCUUGUACAGCUUACUCUUACGAAGACAAUGCAUUCUUGGUUUGGAAAGGGGAACUAAUGGAUUUAAAACUACCCACAGAAAAUAAUGGUAGUAAAAGAACGAUCCACAUUAGACUUUCCGCCUCUGCAUCUCAGUUUUCAAAAAAUAAAAGAAGCAAAUUAAUUGUAAUCGGUUCUGUUGCGGGUUCUGUUGCUGUUGUUAUAGUUCUAUUGGCCACUGUCGUGAUAUGCAUAUGUCACAAGCAUAAAUCUGGGACUACAAAAGCAGUUGAGGGAUCAUCGUUGGCAUUAAGGUACAAGGACGUGUUGCAAAUUGAAACCAAAAAUUCUUCAGAUAAUUUAGAGGGAGACAAGCAGAGUGGUAUCGGUGUUCCUUUCUUCAAUUGGGAAAGUAUAAUAGUUGCUACCAAGAAUUUCUUUGACAUACAUAAACUCGAACGUGGGGGCUUUGGUCCUAUUUACAAGGUAAUGUUUCCCGGAGGGCAAGAAAUUGCAGUGAAAAGGUUGUCAACUUGUUCUUUGAAAGGCAUUAACGAAUUUCAAAAUGAGAUUGUAUUGAUUGCAAAGCUUCAACACCGAAACCUCGUUCGCCUUUUGGGCUACUGUAUGAAGGAGAAUGAAAAGAUCUUACUCUAUGAAUACAUGCCCAACAAAAGUUUGGAUGCCUUUAUAUUUGAUAAAAAAUUAUGCACGUUACUGAAGUGGAAGAAGCGGUUUGACAUCAUCUUGGGGAUAGCAAGAGGGGUUCUUUAUCUUCAUCAAGAUUCAAGGUUGAGGAUAAUUCAUAGAGAUUUGAAAACAAGCAACAUUCUGUUAGAUGAAGAGAUGAACCCCAAAAUUUCAGACUUCGGUUUGGCAAGAAUUGUUGAGAGCAAAGGUACACAGAUUUUGGCCUAG